CCCAGAGGAGAAGAAGUUUCCUGCCUUGAUGUCCUCCUCAGUUUGGAAACCCAGAGAGGUAGAAGGGACAAGGAGAGAUGAUCUCACAGCGAGGACUCUGGGAGAGGGUUUGGGAGUCUUCAUGUCCUCUUCUCCUCCUUCUGCUCCUCAGCUAACAAGAGAGUUCUUCACCAAGGAGCUGACGAAGCAUUAUCAGGGCAGCAACGAGACAGACGUCUUCUCCACGACCUGGAACUCAGUCAUGAUCACGUUUGGUUGCUGUGGAGUCAAUGGACCCGAAGACUUUAAGGUCGCUUCGGUUUACCGCUUCCUGAAUUUCAAUGGGGAUGAAGUCCCUGAAGCCUGCUGCCGGAGGGAGCCCCAGAGUCGGGAUGGCAUGCUUGUCAACAGGGAUGAAUGCCUCUUGGGAAGAGAGCGCUCCUUGAACAAACAG